UGGAGUUUAUGAAAAUUAUCAAAAUAUAGGGAUUUAAAGGGUUUUAAACAGUUUAAUUAAUCAAUUUGGAUAGUUAAGAUAGUUAAAUAUCGUGAGUGAAUACUUUCAAGUGUAAAUUACAAGAUAUAAAGCGAAAAUUUCAGUGUGAUGUAAAUUGUUUCUAAAUUUCUAUUAAUUGGACUUGAUUUAUGCUAAAAAAUAAAAAUGGUCAUAAUAAAUGUUAAAGUAAAAACGCUAGAUUCGCGUAAUCAUGACUUUACGGUCGAUGAAGAGAUGACAGUGAAAGAAUUUAAGGAGCAUAUUUCUGAAAAAGUAGAAAUUACUGCUGACCUUCAGAGACUUAUUUAUUGUGGUCGUGUCUUGAAUGAUGAAAAACCACUAAAAGAAUAUGAUGUAAAUGGAAAAUGUCUUCAUUUGGUUCAAAGACCACCUCCUUCGUCCAAUUCAUCGACUGCAACAACAAAUAGCGAAGGAGAUACGCGACGUUCAAGAUUACGUGAUUCAUUGCCAGAUUUUGAGAAUUUGAUGAUGGGAAGUUUCUCAAUUCCAGUUCCUGGACCUACAAAUAUCGUUGGACCUGCUCAUACAACAACAUCAUUAAAUCCAUCAUCAACACUUUGUGGUAAUCGCAUUACAGUUGCACGACAUAUGCUUCAAUGCGCUGAUAAUAUAGCUGCAUAUUUAGAAAAUCCAGAAAAUGGGUUAAACAAUCAAAACAUGGACUUAUUGUCACAACAAACAAUGGAAUCUACAGUCUUAGAAGUAGGCAUUUCUGCUGUAACUGACGUUGAUCUUCCACAACAAGAUGUCCAAAAUAUUGUACAAGCAUUUCAAGGAGCUGUUUCAGCUGCAUUUCGUCAGAAUGGAAUUAAUAAUAUUACUGUUCAACAUAAUGAUCCAAUUACGUCAGGUCCAUCGGGAACGACUACAUCAUCAUCAAUUACUAUUGAAUUUCCUCCAAAUAUUGUUGGAACUGAUUCUGCAAACUCUGAAUCACCACAAUCGACUGGCGAUCAAGAAACUAAUCAAAAUCAGCCAGAAAUAAUUUCUGUUUCACCGCCAAUUCCACCAAUACCACAACAGCAGCAACCACCUACACCUCCUCCUCAACCGUCUGUUUUUAAUACAUUACCUACAUCUACAGGAACGACAGUUCAAAGUGGUAUGACUGGAGCAAGAAGACAACAAACAACAAGCACUCAAACUUUAGGUGAAGUCGUUGGACAAAUGAGAACCGUUCAAAGUCGAUUAGAUCCAUUUAUUCAACAAUAUUAUGAUAUUUUACAAAAUGAUCCAGCUUUUCCCGACGAUACAGCUCGCGAUAAUGCUCAACGCAUAUUCGAUAGAGUCUCAGAAGCUUUGCAUUAUAUGUCACACGCUCAACAUGCUAUUUCCGAUUUAAUGUUAGAUUUAAAUCUUCAAACGCCACGUCACUUGUGCUGCCGACCGAUAUUAGUAGAACAAUCUGCAUUUGUAAGCUCAGGAAUAUCCGCUUUACCUCCCGUUGGUAGCAUCAAUAUAGGCCCAUUGUUUGCACGUGGAAACAUCAAUUUAUCAAAUAAUAAUCAGCCUAAUGCUGCUAAUCAAGGGCAAAAUAUUAGUAAUAAUAAUAACAACCCCAGUACCAUCAACAACAACAAUACGAUUAACGAAAAUAUGAUUCCACCAUCAUUGUUUUCUGCAUUUGGUAUUCCUCAACCGAAUCCAGCACAGCAGGCACAGGCACAACAACCAGCAGCAGCCACACCACCGACGCAAGGUGCAAAUCCAUUGAAUUCAACAUCGUCUUUAGGCACGAAUACAACAAACAAUCAAACAACUGCAUCAAGCGGAGCAAAUAAUCAACAAGGUCAGUUACCAAGAACACGAAUCUCCCAGCUGUUUGUUCCAAUUUCGAUGAAUCGAUCACGUCGUGUAAUCUUUCGACGUUCUUCAGACUUUGAUGAUGCUGGUGACUCUCCAACAUCGGAAGAUAUCACAGGCCAGAAUCGCAAUGCAAAUAAUAAUGAGCGCUAUCGUAAUUUCAUACAAUCAAUAAUUUCAUCGGCUGGUCAACCGAAUGCAGAAGUGCACAUUAUAAAUGCCAAUAUUUCAAUUCCAGUGCUAAAUUCAUUGCAAAAUCCAAAUAGCAAUCAAAAUUCGUCGACUAAUGCAAACGGUGCAAAUGGAGCAACAAGCACAUCAACGCCAACGGAAAAUGUCACGUCUUUGCCAGAGACUACACAGGCUCGAGUUACAACCAAUACUCAGCCAACGACAAGCACUCAAACGCGCUCAACAAGUAGACCAAUUUUGACGUCAACAACGCUUCCACCGACAUCGAUUCGCAAUUUCAGACCGAUACCAGCAAACAACUUCUUGUCAUCUUUUGAUAGAUUUUUACCAUGCAACAGUCAUCACAUUCGAGAUGAUCAAAAUCAGACACAACCACAGCAGAAUCAACAGACUCAAACAAUUCAUGUUCGUCCGCAACGUCGUACAGUCUCGUUAGAUAGAAACUCAAUGAGACAAGCGCCAGCCAAUGCAACAAUUCAUAUUCCAACACCAUUAAAUAUGGAUCAACAAUCUGCUUCAUCGACAAUUGGAAAUAAUCGUUACCGACAUUUCUCUGGUGUUAAUAAUAUUACAGAUGAUGAGCUUAAUCAUCAAAUUAAUGUAUUUGGCAUUCAAUUAAGCCUUCGUGACUUAGAUAGCAUAACAUCCAAUUUUUAUGAUACACAACGUGAUGGCUUGAGAGCAUUUUUAAUGCAAAAUUACUUCAGUAAUGAUGAAAUUAAUGACGAUACUAUAUCAAAUGCAACUCGUGACAUUUUAAUGGAACUAGGGAAAUAUUUGGAACGAUUAUCGACUUAUCAACAUCCUGAUUAUGAUGUCCGCAAAUCAAUUGAGAAUUUGAUAGGAAAAUCAUUGCCAUUUUUAAUAAAUUUGAUAGUUGAAGAUGAUUCAACUGAAUUUGGGACUAGAAUAGAACGUUUAUUGGUGACAUUUUUGGAAAAUGUCUAUAUGAUUCUGGUCAAAUGUAUUGGAAUUAGGGAUACAGAAAAAUAUUUAAAUGAUAUUGCAAAUUUAGUUUUGACUGGCGAAAUAUCUCGUGGAAAUUUAAGCAAAUUCCCAGCUUAUGUCAUUAAGACCUUCUUAAUUGAACGACGCAGUUAUGAUUUGUCAGAAAUACAAGAAUUUCUAAUCAUCAAAAGACCGGCACCGCAAAUCAAUGAGACUCCUAUGGAAGUAGACGAUGAAAUUAUGGUAGAUGCUGCUAUGAAUAUUAUCGAAGAGGAAGAUGAAGAAGAUUCGAGCAAUGCAAUUCAACAAGAAGACUUGUUAAGCGAACCAUUGCCAAUAAUUGAACGAUCAGAGCCAUGGCAUGCACAAUUUCCAUCAAAUUGGUUGCCAAUUAUAACGAGAGACAUUUCUCGUCAACGACGUCAGAGCCCACAACCAGCAUAUUCAGACGCUUAUAUAACAGGAAUGGCUUCAAAGCGUCGUAAAGUUCUUCUUAGCAAGAAACCGUCAACAAAUGUCCAGCAUUUAAUAGCAGAUGAUGUACGCACCGCUUUGCAUACAACCAACAAGUCAGGACCGUCUUCAUCAAGUGGUGGCAGUUCCUCGAGCAACAAUGCUCCGAUAGAUGAAAUUGUAUCGUCAAUUGCUAACGAUCCAUCAAUUCAAAAUGCUUAUAAAGAUGAGGUUAAGGGUAAUUUAAGUCAACGAUUAAAGAAUGAUCCAGAUUAUGAGCCAGAAAAAUAUCCAAAUUCAUCAAAAUACUUUAAAUGAACACAAUUUAGGCUGAUUGGUAUGAAAUAUAUUCUCUCAUCGAUGUUUUCUAUCUUACUAUCAUUAUUAUUAUUAUUAUUUUCCAUCAAAAAUUAAUGGAAUCAAGCUUUUCAUUUUUUUCUUCUUUUUUUAUAUUUUGGUACUCAUUCAUAAAUUAAAAGAAGGUUUCUACAUAAUCCAGAGAUAUUUUGUUCUCUGACAUAUUCAACUACACAUACACAAGAAUUAAAGAUUUAUAUAAUUAUGAAUUAUGGUUUUUUAAUUAUAAAACAUGUCAAAUUUUUUGAUUCUGAAUUGUAGAUUUGACGAAAUGAACUUUCUCAAUUAUUUGAAAAUGUAUCAAAAAUUAUGCAUGACUCGCGAGUUACAAGCGAAAUAAAAGAAAUUCACAUAAAAAAUUAAUAA